GGCAAACAUUGCUGAAUUUCUAGACGUUUUCCUUAUUUCCGCUUUACCCGAAGCGUUGUACACACUGUCGUUUCACGAUGCUAUCGACAUUCCUCUUACACGCCUUUUAGGCUGUAAUGUGGGGUAGCCACUAACAGCCAGCGAGCCCCGCCGUGAGCCGGUUGAAGUACCGCUGCUCCCCGCCGCUGCCCGCAGAUCGCCUAGCAUCUGAUCCACUCCGAGUCCGGGGCAUUAUAUAUGCCGUCACUUCUCAGUCCUCACUUGACACUUCACUCUCUUCUCACAACACCGUGCUCACUCACACAUCAGUCAAAAUGGCCUCCUUCACUCGCCUCAUCCGCUUCCUAGCCCGCGACGGCCGCACCUACUACGGCGACGCCAUCCUCCCCCAGGGUGUCUCCGACAUCCGGGCCGCCAAACAAGCCCGCCUAAUCGUCGGCGACAUCUUCGGCACGCACACCGUAACCGACCAAGUGGCCGAUAUCCGCCUUCUCCUAUCCCCCCUGGCGCCCGAGGACGUCCGCACCGUCCGCUGCUUGGGACUCAACUACGAGCAACACGCACACGAAUCCGGCAUGCCGAUCCCCAAAUUCCCGGUCCUUUUCUACAAGCCCGUCACAUCUCUGUCUGGCCCUACCGAUCCGAUCCCCAUCUCCCGCCUGGCGCAGGAGGGCGAAGGGUUGGAUUACGAGUGUGAGCUUGUUGCUGUCAUUGGCAAGAGGUGCACGGACGUGAGCGAGGAUAAGGCGCUGGAUUACGUCCUGGGUUACGCGGUGGGUAACGAUGUCAGCCAUCGGGAUUGGCAGAUCAAGCGCGGUGGUGGGCAAUGGUCUCUCGGAAAGGGGUUCGAUGGGUGGGCGCCGUUUGGUCCGGGCAUUGUCAGCAAGAGCUUGAUUGAGGAUCCCCAGACGCUGAAGAUUAGCACCAAGUUGAACGGGAAGACGGUGCAGGAGAGCAGCACGGCGGAUAUGAUCUUCUCGGUCAAGAAGACGAUUGCGUUCUUGAGCCAGGGGACGACGUUGUUGCCUGGUGAUGUCAUCUUUACUGGAACGUGAGUAUUUCCCUGGACUGGAGGGAUUGUGGGAGGUGAUGAGUGAGUGGAUGCUAACGGAUAACAUGAACAGUCCUCAGGGUGUCGGUAUGGGCC